AUGAGUAGCGUACAGUACUACUUGAUCGCCGGGAGGGGUUGUAGGGGUGAGGCGAACAGCAGUAGUAAUUACAUUAAUGUGAUCGGCGGAUUCGUGGGGGUGGAGGGAACGGGGUUCGUGGUGAACGGGAGCGCCUUCUACUUCAACGGAUUCAACGCCUACUGGUUGAUGCUGGUGGCGGCCAACGCCAACGCCACCGCCAACGCCACGGCCACCGCCAACGCCAACGCCACCGCCACCGCCACCGCCCCGCAGAGGGGAGAGGUGACGGCCGCGUUGGAGCAAGCCGCCGGCCACGGACUGACCUUGGGAAGAACCUGGGCUUUCAGCGACGGAGGCGCCUGGCCACUCCAAUACUCUCCGGGCUCCUAUAAUGAGGCCAUGUUCCAGGGCCUGGACUUUGUAGUAUCGGAAGCAGGAAAGCAUGGGAUAUAUCUGAUACUGAGCUUGGUGAAUAACUACAAAGACUUUGGAGGGAGACCGCAGUACGUGGAGUGGGCAAGAGACAGAGGGGAGAACGUGACAUCAGAUGACGAUUUCUACAGGAAUGAGAUUGUCAAGGGCUACUACAAGAACCAUGUAAAGACGGUUGUGACGAGGGUAAACACAAUAAGCAGGGUAGCCUACAGGGACGACCCCACCAUUCUCGCCUGGGAGCUCAUCAACGAGCCACGUUGCGAGGACGACCUCUCCGGUGCUACGCUCCAGGGGUGGAUCGCAGAGAUGGGUGGCUACGUGAAAUCAAUCGACCGGGCUCACUUGGUUGAGAUCGGCAUGGAAGGCUUCUACGGUGCAUCCUCGCAAUUCCGGAAGCAAUUCAACCCUAACGGUCUCGUCUUCGGAACCGAUUUUGUCCCCAACAAUCAGGUCCAGGGCAUCGAUUUCGCCACCAUUCAUGCCUAUCCCGGUAUCUGGCUAUCAAACUGGACAAACGAAGAGCAACUGAGGUAUCUCCGGGAUUGGACCCAGGCGCACGUCGAAGACUCGGCCGCACUCGUGAAGAAGCCGCUCCUCUUCACCGAGUUCGGCAAGUCGUUGAGGGACAGCGGAUCGGGAGUCCCCCAGAGAGAUGCUUUGCUUGAAGCCGCAUUUGACUCCAUUUAUGGCUCCGCCCAGAACGGCGGCCCGCUUGCAGGUGGUCUCUUUUGGCAGCUUCUCACGGAUGGAAUGGAUGGGUUGAAGGAUGGCUACGAGAUUAUACUCUCGCUCAACUCCUCCACUUCCAAAAUCAUCUCUAACCAAUCCCUCAGGUUGUGGAACCUUGUCGGCAAGCACCAGGCAAUUUCCACCGAAACAAGAGGAUGACACAUAGGAAAAGAACGAUUCAUACUUUUUUGUUUCUUUUUCUCGUUUUUUUCCUUCUUGAAAGAAGUUUAAAUAAACUCUCUGCAAGUUAGUGCAUUUGCACUUUUCUAACCUAUGGUCUCAUUCAUUGCGCUUAACUAUCGUGCAAUUACUGCUGCUUUAUGCCAUGAGAAACUCUAGUUAAUAUAUAGCAUAUAACUCGUAUUAUGUAGGGCACAAAACACAGCCACAAUCCUCGCCAUGUCAUUAAUUAUACCAUCAAUGAAACAGUAAUCAUGGAAUAGUUAAGUACAGCAUAUAGAACUACUAGGUAUAGUCUGUAAAUCCAUUAAACCACAAGCACGUAGUUUUAUUGCUUAGUAGUUUUCCCCUAUAAUUUUUCAUGUCUAAUUCUUAUCUUAAUGACGCAUGGAGCACUAAUAAAAUGUAUCACAAUAAAAAGCAACAAGAUCAACACAUUUGGGUUGUUCUUUCUUAUUCUUCACAUCACUUUUGCCGUAAAAAAGAAAAAAAAAAAAAAAAAGAA